ACAUGCACGAGAUUUGAAAAUAUAACACAUAUAUAUCGACUUGAUUAUUUUUUCACUAUUUCUUGAUUUGAUUUGAUUGUGAAAAUUAUGUAAUCUUCAUUUAUCAAUUCCACAUACGAUACCAAUAGUUGCCAACUAUUAAUACUCGGCGACUAUUGAAUGUCGUUUGUAAUGGUUUAUCAAAAAAUGACAUUAAUGAGCCGGUUGAUUAGAGAAAGCUUAACCCGAGUUGGUAUACGUCAAAAUAAAUUUAUUAAGCACUUUUCAAAUAUGGCCCAGCCUAAAGUAUAUUGCACUAGAUCGGAUUUACCCGAGGAAGGACUGCAGAUGUUAAGAAAUGAAUGUUCCUUGUCAAUAUUCCCAGAGCAUUAUCCAGCAACACGUACUGCCCUCUUAAAUGGAGUCAAAGGUGUGAAUGCCAUUUUUUGCACUUUAUCAGACAAAAUAGACAUAGACGUUUUGGAUAGUGCUGGGCCAAAUCUUAAAGUUAUUGGAACAAUGUCUGUUGGUUUUGAGCACAUCAAUAUUGAUGAAUGCAAGAAGAGAGGCAUACGUGUGGGAUAUACACCAGAGGUUCUUACAGAUGCCACUGCUGAGCUCACGGUGGCUCUAUUAUUAGCAACUUCUAGACGAUUGAUUGAAGCAAGUAAAGAGGUGUUCAAUGGUGGGUGGAAAUCAUGGGCUCCCACUUGGAUGUGUGGUCCAGGUUUAAAAAAUGCAACUGUAGGGAUUGUCGGAUUUGGAAGAAUAGCUCAACAAGUUGCAUCCAUAAUAAAAGGUUUCAAACCAAAAAGAAUUAUAUUUCAAAAUCGCUCACCAAGAGCCGAAGAAGCAAAAGAAAUUGGUGCUGAACGAGUAACGUUUGAUGAGUUGUUAAAUGAGAGUGAUUUUCUUAUUUGUUUAUGUUCAUUAACACCAGAGACUAAAGGCUUAUUCAAUGCAAUUGCAUUUAGUAAAAUGAAAUCUACUGCUAUCUUCAUCAAUGUUAGUCGUGGCCAAAUGGUUGAUCAAGAUGCCUUAAUAAAUGCAUUAGAAUCUGGAAAAAUAAGAGCUGCAGGACUUGAUGUAACAACUCCAGAACCUCUUCCUCUAGAUAGUCCACUUUUGAAACUAAAUAAUUGUGUAAUAUUGCCACAUAUUGGCAGCGCAACAAUUGAAACUAGAUCAGAAAUGUGUAUAAUAACAGCACGGAACAUAUUAGCAGCAUUAAAAAAUAAGGAAAUGGUCUCCGAAUUAAAAUGA